CGCUCAAAUAACAACCUAAAGUUGGAAUCGUCGUAAAAUAUGAGCAACUGCAGUGUGUCAAAGCCAAAGCGACUAUAGUUUUACUUCGAAGUGAUAGUCACCAAGCUAUUUAUCGCAAGGACGAGUAGCCUACAAAGCUCUGUGAACAAUUUAUUUCGGUUGUCGUCAGAAAUUGCCAGAGUAACAGAAUAAGGGGCAGGAUGAUAACCGUGUGGUCUACCAAUGAUGAAGAAAGUAGAUAAUUUGAUGUUAGUGAGGUGGUAUUACUAAUGUCUAUUACCAGUAUAAUAUUGUAAUCUUUGCUUCUUUCAUUCUACGGGAAUCCCAUUCCCGUUGUCAUGGAUACGAUAAGUUGUCAACAGUUUUAUUUACUUGAGAAACUAAUUAAAUUAUGAAACUAUAUUUUUCUAAACUCUAACAAAACGAGUACUUAACGUUCUUUAAAAAUAACUACGAUGGGUUUAUUAAGUAUCCUGAAAAAACUACGUUCGAAUCCUGAUAAGGAACUUCGUCUUCUUCUUCUUGGCCUUGAUAAUGCCGGUAAGACUACGUUGUUGAAACAGUUGGCUUCAGAAGACGUAAAUCAUGUGACACCCACUGCUGGUUUCAAUAUAAAGUCUGUGUUAUCCAAUGGCUUCAAACUUAAUGUAUGGGACAUCGGCGGUCAGCGAAAGAUUAGGCCAUAUUGGAGAAACUAUUUUGAAAAUACUGAUAUUCUGAUUUAUGUGGUGGACUGUUCAGAUCAUCAAAGACUGGAAGAAACAAGCCAGGAGUUAGCAGAGCUCUUGCAAGAUGAAAAAUUGCGUGCAGUACCUCUCUUGGUGUAUGCUAAUAAACAGGACUUGGAGACAGCAUUGCCAGCAAGUGAAGUGGCGCAAAAUCUUGGUCUACAUUUAAUACGAGAUAGAACAUGGCAGAUUCAAUCUUGCGUCGCUACUGAUGGCACUGGUGUUAAGGAAGGUAUGGAGUGGGUUUGCAAGAACAUUCCAGUGAAGAAGUAAGUAAGUAGUGAACACAUUUGAAUAAGUGUUUGCACUUACAAAUUUAAUUCAAAUUAUCUAAGAUGAAAUGAGAUCUUAUGCAUUAGCAAUACGAUUUAUUUUAGGUUGUUGAAUUGUAGUACAAACUUAUUAAUUUGUUUAUCAAAGAAGGCUUAAUCUUACUUAACUCAGCAUUUAUGGUGAUCUCAUUAAUUUUAAAAUUGCUGAUAUACAGUCCUUUGUCACAGAUUUAAUUUAUUGUUGUGGAUAGCAGAAAUACAUCAAUUUAAUAUUUGAAUGAGGCAUUUCUAUUUUCUGCUAUGUAAUACAAUUUCUGUUUUCCCUUCCAAUAAUACCUAAGCCAUUUUUCUGAUUACAUUUUAACACUUAACAGCUUACAAAAAGACAAAGUGUCAAUAUUUUGUAGUAAUUGAAGUAAUCAAUUUUGAAUUUAACUGUCAACCAAUUGAAGUUUAACCAAGAAUAUAAAUAUAAAAUCUUUCAGUUCUUACACUUCUUCAGUGUUAUUAAUAAACAAGCAUUGGAGUAAAUUUACGCUGAGACUGCACUUAGUAUUAGUCAAAAUUAUAUUAUUAAACAGAGA